AUUUAACUUUUGAAAUAUGGCCUCAUAUGAGGGGUGUACGCGACUUUAGUUGUCCCAUGUUAGUUCACUUUUGAAUUAUUUUUCUUCUGUUCUGUACAGUCGACAAAGACGGUAAAUUGAUGUAGUCAGUGUGCUGUACAUAAAAUAAGAACAUUUAGACAUUCGUUAUGAUUUUUCAUACCGACUGAAUGUAAACAUUAACUUGAUUUACAAAAUGAUUUUCAAAAUGUUACCCUUUCUCUGCUGCUUGCUGCAUAUCCUUUACGUACCAGAAUGCCAGGGAGGCUGUGCUGAGGUGGACUCCAUGACAGAGGCGGCAGUUGGACAAACCUUUCUUCUGGGAUGUAUAUCUUGUAAGCGAAGGGAAGAGGUUGAAGCCACGACCACUGUGGAUUGGUAUUUCAGGCCUCUGGGAGAGGAAGAGUAUGGCCAUAUAUUGCAUUAUGAUUUUCCUACCGCCACGAUCACCAGUGACCACUUUAAGUAUCGCCUUGAAUGGUUUGCCCCUGUGAAGACAAGUGAUACUCUGGUUGCCAGUCUACACCUCCACAAUGUCACCUUCAAUGACACUGGGACUUAUCGCUGCACCUUUGACCGCAUUCUCCACCUCCCAGUGGGUGACGAACCCCUCAGAAUUAUGAAAUACAUAGAACUUACUGUGUUGCCAGAAGCUAAGAGGGAGAAGACUGCAGUGAUAGGAGAGGUCAUGAUGUACGUGCUGAUUGUCGGCCUGCAGCUUUGGCUGAUUGUAGUCAUAAUCUACUGCUACAAAAAGGUUUCUGCUGAAAGAGAAGCUUAUGAGGCUCGGAAGGCUUUGAAGGCCUUGAAAAAGCAACAAGCAGACCUCAAGGACAACUGUGACGGGAUUAAUUUGGAGUAGCUUUUUGCUGGUUGUGACAUGAUCAAUAUUCAGCUCUUCUGAAAGAAUAUCCUGGAAUUACAGUUACCGUGGAAACAAAGAAUAAACCAGUGUGCAGUUAAAUUAGUUUAAUAUAAUGCAUAUACAUAGACAUUCAUUAGAAUGUAUAUACUUUUACAUGCAGUCUUAAUCUUGUUUAAUGGUAUAUGAACAGAGUAUAGGACAAUACUGAAUGAUCAAAACUAUUCAAUAUGUAAGAAUUACAAAAUCCUUGUGUAGUACACCACUUAGUUGUAGACCAGAUAUUUCAAAUGAAUGAAAAUAUUUUAGGUACAAUUAAUAAAUAUAGAAAAAUAAGUUUCCGUCAAAUUUUUUUUUUUUAGAAAAGUCUAAUAUAGGGGCGGCAUGGUGGUGCAGUGGUUAGCACUGUCGCCUCACACCUCUGGGACCCGGGUUCAAGUCUCCGCCUGGGUCACAUGUGUGCGGAGUUUGCAUGUUCUCCCCAUGUCGUCGUGGGGUUUCCUCCGGGUACUCCGGUUUCCCCCCACAGUCCAAAAACAUGCUGAGGCUAAUUGGAGUUGCUGAAUUGCCCGUAGGUGUGCAUGUGUGAGUGAAUGGUGUGUGAGUGUGCCCUGCGAUGGGCUGGCCCCCCAUCCUGGGUUGUUCCCUGCCUCGUGCCCAUUGAUUCCGGGAUAGGCUCCGGACCCCCCGCGACCCAAUAGGAUGAGCGGUUUGGAAAAUGGAUGGAUGGAAGUCUAAUAUAUAUAUAUCUAUUACAAAUCAUGAAUGAACAAUUUCCCUAAAUAGAAAAGAACAUGAAAUAACUGUUAUCUACAAUAUAAAUGUUUUGAGUGUCUGAAAAUAUAAUCUUGUGUCUUUCAUUUUAAAGUGGCCCCAAAAAACAUUUGGACCCAUAAGUCAUGCUUAAAACUGUGAUCAUAAAAUGUCACAAAACUGCAUUUAUGUUAACAAUAGAUACUUUAAGCACAUGUUCCACGCAAAGAUAUUUUGUUGUAAAUUAUAAAACAAUAGGCAUGCUGUUCAAAAUUAAGACAAAAAAGUUUUUAGAUACUUUAUUCUGAUUGUCAGGUUCAUGUUCAUGGAUAAUGUGGUGAUGAACUACAUCUGUGGGAAGAGUAUCUAUGUGUCCUCAAAGAUAUCAUAUGCUUAUGCCCACUACAGAUUGUCUUGGAGCAGUCCCUUGAAAGGAAUUAUGAACAUAGUUAGGAGGAGUGAAAUUAGUUCUGAGAAGACUCUGUAUGACACAUCAACAAAAAGCUUCCAACAAAAAGUUAUAUUGUUAAAGAACCUAAAGAUGAAGGACAUGUGAAUCUGGACAGACAGAAUAGUGGCAGACUAAGGAAGACCAUCAACAGAUUGGACAGGUUAAUUAUGGGUAUAAUCAAGAAAAACAGACGAGAAACACUAAUAAUAUACAUUUUUUUGUAAAAUGUUUUGCUUGAAAAGUAUGUCUUCAACAUAAAUCUAAUUUUGUUUGACAUUUUGUAACGCAACUCAAAAAAAAAGUGUCCAAAUACUUUUGGGGCCACUGUAUAAAAAAAGUUUACUUAUGCAUUUUUUGUACUAGUAUUAGUCCAUAUUGAAUAUAAAUGCUGAAGCAUGACAGUUCAGUGUUUCACCAUUUAUGUCAUGUUAUUAAAGUUAAUGGGAAACAAUUUUUUAGUUGACUUAGAAAUAGUACUUAAUAUUUUUAAAAAAAAAACAUAAAACAUAAAGAAGGCAGGAUUACAUGUCCCAUCAUAUCAUCAAACUUAGAUUUAUCAUCAGGGCUCUGCAAGUAUGUUCAUCUAAAAUGAAUCUAAAGAAAGUACAUCCAAUCAUUCUAUCCCUCCGUGUGCCACGCCCCCAUCGUUAACCCCCAUGUGGAAUCGCCCUGGAGGUGCGCGACAAUCUCCGGCAGCUGCUGCGGAGGAUGACGGAGCUGAAGACUCGACAGGUGGCCAGUAGUGCUGAGCAACCUCCCGCUUAUUCUUUCUGAGCCCCAGAGGAUUCCACCACAAACCGAAAGCCGGAAGAAAAAGAAGCGAAAAAAUCAGAGACUUGAAGAUGUGCCGAUGAUCUUCCUGGGGGCCAUCUCCAUCUCCAUCUCCAUCUCCGCUGCUUCUUCCCCAGCUAGAUAUCGGAAGGAAAUAAAAGUAUGCUCCUCAUCCCUCGGUGACUCCCGGUCCCUUUGUUCCUCCGGUAUACGUUCCCCCGGUGUCUCCGUUCUUAGUGAGCCUGUCUGUGUUUCCUGUUCUUUAUCAGGUUUCCUGGUCCCCAUAAGGAAAAACUCUAUUUUAUAAAUAUCAGUGACGGCUAUGAAAAAGUUAAAAAUGCAAAAACUCUCGCAUUUUGCUUGGUUACUUAUGGUUUUGGUUAGAGCUGGGUAGAGGUUAAGGUUGUCAUAGUUAGUGUUAGCAUUUUUCCCAUAGAAGUGAAUGAGUGGGCCCCAUAAGGAUAGGUAAACAGCACAUUUCUUAAUAUUCUAAAAAUCCUAAUAAAGUGAAAAUUUCAUGUAACAA